CUUGUUUUCAUUCCUGUUGCUGCAGUAUUCUUCUUCACGAAGUAUCAAUCCAUCUGCGCGCAACUCAGAUUUUGGACCUUGCGACCGAGUGGGAUCAGUGGAACCCCCUAAUGUUUCUCCUGCUCGUCUGAGCUGUGCUUUCUGAUCUUUCCCUUAUCAGGCGCUUUCAGGCCCAAGCCCUUCCGUUUCUACAUCAACCGAUUCUUCCCGGCCCAAUUCUUCCCGUUACCACAGGGUCAUGCAGCCUCUCCCUUGGUUGAACAUUCCAUCCCAGUGAUAUCCACGCAACCUCUUCUGCGCUCGACUUUUGUCGGCUUGCUGCUUCGGUCCGGGAGGUAGGUAUGCGGCCAAUUGAAGCUGAGCCUCUUCCAUUUCCAUUGGUUAUCGCAUUCUUCUUUUCAGAUCGGCAACCGUGAUGUCAAGCCAUUUCGCAUCGCUCCGACGCACACAGACGGAUUUUCCUGACCAGACAUCGAGCCCACUCCGCCAUGGAUCAACGGCCUCCACAAACUCAUCCAUAUACACCGUCUCGUCGAAUUCACUUGCUCCCAGUCGCACGAGCACCGUCUCCUCAGUCGCGUCCAUUGGGUCUGUGCUUGGCCAUAGACGGGGAAAGAGCGAAGUAAACACCACGACCCUCAAGGAAAUGUCGGGGGGCGCCUCCCAAGGGAAAAGUUGGGCCAAUGCGGGCGCCACUUAUGAGAAUAUCCGCCGCUCAUUGCGACCACUGUCCCAAGCCCCCAACUCAUCUCCCAACUCAUCUCCUGUAACUACCAAACCACCCGCCUUUCGCCAUAACCGAAGCCAGACAGUCGACAACCCUCAGUACUGGAAGGAGAAUCGUCCACAGACCCCCGAACCCCGUCAUGCGCAUCACCAGGAAGUUGAGACACCCAAGGAAACAGCGUCAUACAACGACCAGAGCUCUACGAAAGCCAGUUCGCCCCAUAAUUGGUCCCCGCAUGCUGUCUCACCUCAAACCAAGCCACAAGUGAGAGCGCAUCAUGCUCAUAGUUUGUCCAACCCGCCGCAGGUCACCCACACCCUGUCGGCCCCCGAGUUAGAGACAUUCCAGAAAUCUUCAACCGGCCACCUUCGAACAUUAUCAAAGUUUGCAAAGUCUGGAGAGACGGAAGAAUUCGCUCUUGACAGUUAUGGUGCAUCCGUGGUGGGGUUGCAGGGGCGACGACGCUUGAAGCGAGCCGAUACAGUGACUGGGAACAAUGGUCCUAUAGUAGGACGGAAGAAGCCAGCAUCGGCGUGGGCGGCUGGGAAUUGGAUGGAUAAACAACGGCAAUUCCUACAGGCAUACGAGUACCUCUGCCAUAUUGGAGAGGCCAAGGAAUGGAUCGAAGAGGUCAUUCAGAAACAAAUCCCGCCGAUUGUUCAGUUGGAAGAAGCCCUGCGUGACGGAGUAACGCUCGCGGAGGUGGUUCAAGCAAUGUACCCAAACCGAACCUUCCGGAUUUUCAGACACCCGCGGCUGCAGUAUCGCCAUUCCGACAACAUAGCACUGUUCUUUCGGUUCCUGGAUGAAGUCGAGCUGCCGGAGCUAUUCAGGUUCGAGCUCAUCGAUCUCUACGAGAAGAAAAACCUUCCCAAGGUCAUCCACUGCGUCCACGCAUUGUCAUGGCUGAUGUUCAAGAAAGGCCUCGUCGAUUUUCGAAUGGGAAAUCUGGUGGGUCAAUUGGAAUUCGAACAUCAUGAACUUGAGCAAACACAGAAGGGUCUCGAUAAGGCGGGCGUCAGCAUGCCCAGUUUCACGGGAAUGGCUGCCAACUUCGGAGCCGAACCAGAGCCUGAACCAGAGCCGGAGCCGGAAUCCGAGGAAGAUCGGAUCGAUCGCGAACUGCACGAAAACGAAGCGUCGAUUGUGGAGUUCCAAGCUCAGAUUAAGGGAGCGAUGCUACGAUUGAAGCUCGGCAACUUGAUGAACGAUUUGUGGGACUUCGAGCCUUUCCUAAUUGAGCUGCAGUCGAGGAUACGCGGCGAUUGGGCCCGUCAGAUCGUUCACUACCGACUGGACAUGAAAAUAUUCGCCACAAAUCUGCAAGCGAUCUGUCGAGCCUUUCUGGUACGAAACCGCCAAAGAGGCGUUAGAGAAAAUUACCAGGCCCAGGAGCUUGAUGUACUGCGGCUGCAGACCCUUAUCCGAGGAGCCAAGGCAAGGGCUCAGGUGAAUCAGAUUCAAACUUCUAUGCGGAAAGAGGAAUCGGGUAUCAAAAUGAUCCAAGCAGCCCUAAGAGGAGCGCUUCAACGGAAGACCGUGUGUGAACUCUACGAGGAUACGAGAGAUGCGGAGGAAGAGGUUUUAAUGCUGCAGGCUGCCAUUCGGGGUGCUCUGCAGCGCAAGCAGUUCUCAAAGCAAUACGAAGCAACACAGUCGGCCGAGGCUGGUGUGAUAGAACUUCAAGCUUUUAUCAGAGGUGCGCUACAGCGCAGCCAGCUCACGCAUCAAUAUGAAGCAGUACAUUCCACCGAACCGGAUGUGGUAGAGCUUCAAGCUCUGAUUCGAGGAGCACUCCAGCGCAGGCAAUUUACGCAGCAAUAUGAAGCAGUACGGUCCACCGAGCCGGACGUGGUAGAGCUUCAAGCUCUGAUUCGAGGAGCACUCCAGCGCAGGCAAUUUACGCAGCAAUAUGAAGCAGUACGGUCCACCGAGCCGGACGUGGUAGAGCUUCAAGCUCUGAUCCGAGGCGCUAUCCAGCGCAGUGAGUUCAUGAAGCAGUAUGAAGCAACCCGGUCUACCGAAUCAGGUGUGAUAGAGCUUCAAGCUCUUAUCAGAGGUGCCUUCGUCCGGCAGCAGAUGAGCACACAGUACGCGGAGAUCGACGAGGCUGGAGUAGGCACUGAACUUCUGCAAGCGCUCAUCCGAGGGAUGUUGGCCCGGAACGGAAUUAAAGAAACGAAGUCCUCACUUACUCAGGAAGUUCCGUCAAUCACCUUUGUUCAAGCAGGCGCUCGGGCUUUUGCUGUCAGGAUCCUCCAACAGCGGCAAGCAGAGGCUCUUGCAAGAACAGAGAAUGAGUGCGCUUCUCUUCAAUCGAUCGUGCGCGGUAAUGCUGUUAGAGAACACCUCGAACAUCUCCGACAAGGUUUGAACCAGCAUGUACCCGCAGUUGUCGAGCUUCAGAGCAUUUCCAGAGCGAACGCUACCCGGUCCUUCCUGGAAUCUCAACGCGCAUUCUUGAAGGGAGAGGAGGCAUCAAUACUGGGCCUGCAGUCUAUGGCUCGGGGUCUCAUUCUCAGAAAGAGAUUGGAUGCGGAUGCGGAUGCUUUAGAGCAGGAAGAUCUGGUGAUAACAAACCUCCAAGCUCUUAUUCGCGCCGCAAUCCUCCGAAUUGACGUCGGUGGUAUACUUGAGGAGUUAGAUGAUUGCGAGGAUGAAGUUAGCCAGCUCCAAGCACAGAUAAGAGCCAUGCUUGUUCGGGUCGAACUCGGUCAAACCCUUGCAUACCUGGCCGCUGCCGAAGAUGAGGUUAUGGAUCUUCAGUCGCAGAUCCGUGGAUAUCUCGUCAGAUCAAGGUUCGAAGCAAAGCGCCGUCAUUACAGAGAAAAUAUGGACAAGGUAAUCAAAGCGCAGAGUUUUGUGCGAGGUCGGAUCCAGGGCCAAGCAUACAAGAGCCUUACAAGUGGAAAGAACCCACCUGUAGGAACUGUCAAGGGAUUCGUGCAUCUGCUGAACGAUAGUGAGUUCGAUUUUGACGAGGAAAUUGAGUUCGAGCGGACGAGAAAACUGGUUGUUCAACAAGUUCGGCAAAACGAGUUGGCUGAACAGUAUAUCAGUCAGCUUGACAUCAAAAUUGCCCUCCUUGUCAAGAACAAAAUCACCCUCGAUGAAGUCGUGAAGCACCAAAAGCAUUUUGGUGGUCACGUUGGAAGUCUUUUGCCAAACCGCGAGAUCUCGUCCAAAGACCCAUUCGAUCUCAAGGCUUUGAACAAGACGUCGAGAAGGAAGCUGGAGCAAUACCAAGUUUUCUUCUUCCUCCUCCAGACGCAGUCUCAAUACCUGGCGCGGUUGUUCCGACGGCUGCGUGAGCUCAAUACGGCGGAGAAGGAGUAUGAGCGGAUAAGACAUCUGAUGAUGGGUCUCUUUGGAUACUCUCAGAAGAGGCGUGAAGAAUACUACCUCAUCAAGCUACUCGCCCGCUCCGCUAGGGAGGAGAUUGAAAGUUUUGAUUCGCUCCAUGAGUACUUACGGUGCAGCUCUUUCUGGAAUAAGCUGUUCGCGUCCUAUAUCAAGUCCCCUCGGGAUCGAAAGUUUAUGCGCGACAUUCUAGGCCCCAUCGUGAAAGAAAAUGUGGUCGAGAACCCAGACUUGGAUUUGGAGAGCGACCCCAUACAGAUCUACCGCUCGGCUAUCAACAACGAAGAGCUCCGGACUGGCAAGCGAAGCCGACGCCGGCUGGACAUCCCGAGGAAUGAGGCAAUCCAAGACCCAGAAACCAGAGCGACGUUCAUUCAACACCUCCAAGAUCUUCGCGAUAUUGCCGACCAAUUCUUUUCAGCCUUUGAGGAGCUCUUGUACAGAAUGCCUUUUGGAAUCCGGUAUAUCGCCAAACAGAUGUACGAGAGCCUUCGCCAUCGAUUCCCUGGGGAAGAUUCUGGGUUUAUCCUCCAGACUGCGGGCCAUUGGGUGUGGAGGAACUACUUCCAUCCUGCCAUGGUCGAACCAGAGAGGUAUGGAGUGGUGGACCGGGGUUUGACCCAAGAGCAGAAGCGAAACCUAUCAGAGAUCUCAAAGGUGAUCGCGCAGAUAGCCUCCGGCCGGCUUUUUGGCACGGAGAACGUCUACCUCCAGCCACUAAACGACUACAUCGGGGAUUCCAUCCAACGGCUUGGCCAGAUCUGGGGGGACAUGGUCUCCGUUCAGGACGCAGAAACGUAUUUUGACAUCGACGAGUUCAAUGACCUCUAUGCCAAGACGAAGCCUACGUUGUACAUUAAAAUGUCCGACAUCUUCUCCAUUCAUCAACUUAUCGCCAGCGAAAUCCAUUACAUCUGCCAGAAUCCGGACGAUAUUCUGAAGGAAGUCAUUCGCGACCUGGGUAAUGUCAAAUCUAACGAGAGCGAGCUGAUGAGUGUCAACUCUUCUGAAAUCAGUCUCACCCUGAACCCCAAGCUGGCUCAGGUUGAUGACCCAGAAGCAGAUGUGAAAGCACUGUUUAUGGAGACCAAACGAUGCAUACUCUACAUUAUUCGGGUCCAAACGGGCGCCAAUCUGCUGGAGAUCAUGGUCAAGCCGCCCACCGAGGAGGACGAAGCCAAAUGGAUGAUGCUGGUGCGCGACGAGUUGAGCGCGAACAAUCCCCGACAAAGUGCAUACUCGGAAGCCAACACCAUGGUUGACCUUGCCUCGAUGAGCUACUCCGAACUAAAGCAGACGGCCCUGGAGAAUAUCUUACAACUUGAACAAACCGGCAAGAUCCGCCGUGACAACUACUACCAGGAUCUCCUGAAUGCGAUUGCCAUCGACAUUCGCACGAAGCAUCGCCGACGGAUUCAACGAGAACGGGAGUUGGACAGCGCUCGGAUGACGCUUACCCGCCUAAACGACCAAGCCAUCUGGCUGGAUCAACAGCUCAAGACAUAUAACGACUACAUCGAGCAGGCUAUGGUGACGCUGCAGAACAAGAAGGGAAAGAAGCGGUUCCUCAUGCCGUUUACCAAGCAGUGGGAUCACCAGCGCGAGCUUCAGAAAUCGGGCAAGGUGUUCAAGUUCGGAUCUUAUAAGUACUCGGCACGCAACCUAGCGGACAAGGGUGUUCUCGUCCACUGGAAGGGCUAUACCGAGCGACAAUGGGACCGGGUCGACCUGACCAUCUCGAGUAAUGAAGUCGGUGUCUUCACUAUCGAUGGCAGCAGUGGACCGAUGAUGAUCCCCGGUGCCAACGCGCAGGUUCCGUUGGACGACCUGCUGCAAGCCCAGUUCAACAACAUGCAGUUUCUGGAUUUCUUCGAUGGGCACCUACGGGUCAACGUCAAUCUUUUCCUGCAUCUGAUCAUGAGGAAAUUCUAUAAUGAGUGAUGGAACGGUAUGCCAGUUGCUUCGAUUCGAUGCGAUUCUAUUCGUUGAUUUUUUGUUUUGCUUGUAUUUUGCGAUGUGUAUUUCUCUCGUGAUAUCCCUUUUUCUUUGUGUCAUGUUGCCGAUGAAAAGGCUCAUCCCGGAUGGGACCCCGAGAUGGCAUGGGGAAGAUGAGCCAGUGAUUCCCAUAUACUUGCUGUGUGUUUUUUGCGUCCCCCUGAUGAUUGAAUGAAUGAAAUAUAUGUAUGUACGUACCCCUUAUAGGUGCCUUGCGAGGAAUGAUGAUGAUGCUCU